GUGCUUUGCCUUGAGUCAGUUGUGGAUAGUCCAUUGUCUACUACGAAUCUCAAUUUAACCAGCUAAUAGACAAAAAAGUGAACUAACCAAGAUGGUAAACCUAAUUUUAUAUGGCACUGAAUCCAGUCCACCGGUUCGAGCUGUUCUCUUAACCCUGCGAGCCCUCAAGCUGGAGCAUGAGUUCCAAACGCUGGAAAUGCAGGCCGGUGAUCAUCUGAAACCGGAAAUGUUACGCAAGAAUCCUCAGCAUACGGUGCCCAUGUUGGAGGAUGGUGAGUCAUGCAUUUGGGACUCACAUGCCAUCAUCGCCUAUUUGGUUAACAAGUAUUCCCAGUCGGAUGAGUUAUACCCCAAGGAUCCUCUCCAGAGAGCUGUGGUAGAUCAGCGUCUGCACUUUGAGACUGGUGUCCUCUUCCAUGGCAUUUUCAAGCAACUGCAGAAAGCUCUGUUCAAAGAGAAUGCCACUGAGGUGCCCAAGGAUCGUUUGGCUGAGCUUAAGGAUGCUUAUGCUCUGUUGGAACAGUUUCUGGGCGAGAAUCCUUAUUUGGCUGGUCCCCAGUUGACCAUCGCUGACUUUAGUAUUGUGGCCACGGUUAGUACUCUGCAUCUAAGCUACUGCCCAGUGGAUGGUGUUAAGUAUCCCAAGUUAUCCGCUUGGCUGGCCAGGCUUUCCUCAUUGCCUUACUAUGAGGAGGAUAAUCUGAGAGGAGCCCGCUUACUGGCUGAUAGGAUUCGCGCCAAGUUACCCAAACAGUUUGACAAGCUGUGGCAGAAGGCUUUCGAGGAUAUUAAAAGCGGAGCAGGAAAGCAGUAAUAGUGGAUACUAUAUGUAAAGAUAUAUAUUAAAAGAUGUAAUCUGCGUUAUCUUUUCAAAAACUAAA